AUGCCCCCACCAUCACGAAGGCAAGACCGCAACCAAGCGGCCGCACCAGCCAACCGGUCUCGCAUGUACAAUCUCGCAGGUCACGCACACUCGUCGGGCUCCUUGCUUCCUAGGUCCACCGAUGUCCACGUCGCUUCCACAUCAGGUGCUGUGACGCCUGGAAGAGCUGUCGAUGCUGCAGAUGCUCCUUACCUCACCAAUCUCGAGUCGCAUUUCGGCAGAGUCACCCUCACAGCGCCCGACAAUCUCUUGCGCAAACAGGCAAAGGAAAAGAAGCAAAAGACACGACAACGCAAAGCACAGAAUGCACAACUCGCCGCAGCCGCGCUCGCAGCAGCGCCCUCGUCCUCUACCUCGAACCUUCUCGACUCCAGUCGCAGGUACCAGACCACACUCGAUGACGCUCCCGUCAGCACGGGGCUGCUUGUUCCGCCAUCAGCGCAGAUUACGGGGAUGCGCCGGGCGUAUAGUGGCGGGCACACACCCACAUUAGCUUCCACAUCGCAGUCACAGGCAUCCACACCUUCAGCAUCGCAGACGAUCGUUGCACGCACUCGCAGACGGCGCCCCUCGUCUGCUGCCAGAGACGACACCAGCCGGCCUGCUUCCAGAGCCAGCGGUGUCAGCCGCCCUGAAAGCGCUUUGUCGCUCAACGACACGGACCUGGCUCAAGCUGCUGCGAUCACGUCCAAUCUCUCUCAACCAUCAGGCGAUCAACGUCUGCCUCGCUCCCGCACCGAGAGCGCACCUGCCAGCCAACGGCGUUCUCACAAUGCUUUCGACACCGCCCCAGCUAAUCCUGCACUGGACGCAUCGGCACGACCAGACGCAGCAACCUCGGCAACAGCACCGCAAACAUCAUUGCAUCGCCAAAAUGUCUGGAACGACAUCACAGAAGCAGAUCCUGACGACCUUCCACCGCCCUUUCCUGUCGGAGCCACUCGACCCCCAACCCCUCCACUCCCACCGACUCAUUCUGAAGCUGCCAAUGAUGCGCAGCUCAUUGGCCCCCAACCGCAUGCUCGAAUUCCGGACAGCCCUCCACCAGCUUUCGUCAGCGAUGACGAAGAUGAAGCGCUCUCAGCUGCUGCAGAGCUCCCUUCCCCGAGACUGUCAGUAUCGUCUCCAUUGCCAGAACAGUCUGUUCCUCAACCGACUCAAGAGGCCGGCCCAAGCAACAGUCGUUCUGCCAGUCGCGCCUCCACGCCAAGCUCGGCAUCCGUUAGCGAUGACGAGAGCUUCGAGCUCACGGAGGAGCGUCGUGCAUGGGAAGCAGAUAUUCGCAACGGGCUCAGCUUUGAGGUCAGGCUCCUGCGGGAGCAGCAGCGUCGCUUAGCACGAGAACGUGCCUCAGCGCUUCAAAUUGCUUCAAUAGAGCAAGAGGCGGAAGUGCAGGCUGAACCAACGGAAAGACGUCAGGAGCAGGCUGCAGCGGCAGAGCCUGGGGUAAUAAGCGCUGAACAAGCUUCGCAGCUGACAGGUGCUGCAGUGGAGAAUGAAGCCGCGCACAUGGCUGAGGCCGUGGCAAGUUUCAGCGUGGAAGCAGGCGAAGGCGAACGUACCGUCAGCCGAAGAGUGACUCCGGUGACAGAUGGAACGUCGCAAGCGGAUCAGGUCUCUGAUGAGCACCUUGCGUCAAUUCAAAGCGAUGCGGAACAGCCUCGAGCUCAAACGAUCGCGGAUGCACCACAGGAAGAAGAAGCUCCGGUUUCAUCGGUACGCAUCUCACCGCCUUCAGACGAUCAGCAAGACAAACCCGACGAUGAAAUAGUGGCAGAUCAGGCAAUCGAAGCAAAUGCAGAUGGAGCCACAUCCACCUUGUCGCUACCCGAGGAACGGCAAUCUCUUGUACAAACAGCCGCUCAUGAACCCGACACGAGCGGCAGGCUCGUGCUUGCGAAUGAGCCUCGCCUUGGUCUCCCGCGCAUGCCUUCCCAAUCAAGGCCGACCUCUUCCUCAAUCAACAACAUUUCAAGACCGUCUUCAUCGUCCUCUCGCCGCAUCUCUGGCCAUCGAAAGACCAAUUCGGACACUCAGACUCCUGUCCAGCCUAAAGUAGGCCCCAGCGGUCUUGGCAACAACGGACGAGCGUCUCUCAGCGGUUUUCCUGUACGUCGUUUGAUUCAAGGACAAGCUGCUCGCGGUCACGACAGUGACUUGCAUCUUCCUCUCAGCCGACGUCCGGAAGACACACUUUACGUCAUCUCUGCUCCUCCUCCUGCAACGUAUGCGAAAUCUUCGAGCGAUGAAGAAGCAGGCGCAUCGCGCGCAGACGUGGACGCCUCGCCGUUGCAAGGAGAUCACAAGGGCACAGACGGCGAGGAAGUGUCGGAUAAUGAUGCACGACCGGAUCGAGAGGAUGACGAUGGUGCCGAGUCCGACUCAUCCAUCGAGCAGUGGUUGGCAGAGUCUGCUGCUUUCGAUGCAUUGCGCAAGAGAGAAGAGGAAGCAGCUGCAAGAAUGCAAGCGCUGCGCGAGCCACUAGACUCCGAUAGCGACGAGGCUGACGAUGCAGCCAUGCCAGGUGCCUUUGGCCACAGAGCCUCGUCGCGCCACAGACAGGCCAGCAGCGGCUCCCGAAAAGUACCAGAUCCGGCCAACCUCGCUUUGAUGGACCGGGCACUGCCAAGAGCGCCGCCUCCCCUCGUCUUGGGUCGUUCGCGCGGCGGUGCUGCCUACUCGGACUCUUCCUCGGAGUCGACUGAUACCGAUGAUGCGCUGGAUCUGUAUUCGUCGAGUGACGAGGAGGACGAACAGCAUCGAGCUUUCUACGAUGCGCGCGCGGCCGACAGCAAGCAGAACGACCUCUUUGCAAACUCGCACAAGUCGGUGCAUGCCCGUACUACCUCAUCGGCGCCCAAUCUGACUACAGUCGACGAACCUGAAGAGCAGACCUCCAGCAGAGGUAAUGUAGUUGUCGCGCCUGCUGCUGCAAGUCGAAUAAGUGGUAACGUCCCAAAUGCCCAGGCGGUCUCUAUACACACUCCACAACCUCUCGGAGCUCAGACAUCGACUUCCGAGCUUCCAAGACGCAGCUUGAGCCUCAAAGCUCAAGGCAAACUCCCCGAGCGUGUCGCCGAACCCGCAGUUAUUCCUCCGGACGAACGAGCAGGUGACUUCGAAGCAGAUACAUCGAGCAGUCGCGACCUUUCGGACGAGGAUCCGCCCACCGCAGACUCGAAAUACGUUCCUGAAUCUGUCCGAAAGAACGUCAAUGCGGCUCCUCGUAACAGUAUGUCUUCGCAUCUUAGACCAGAGAUCGCCAUACCCCGUUCUGCGGAGCCUGCACCUGUCGAUGUGAGACGCUCUUCGCUCGACCCACUCCUUCAACCUCUGGCGUAUGGGCAGAUUGGACGUAACAACGAGCUCAGAGAUCGACUCAAGGGUCUCUUCGGCCAGCCUCUUGUUGUCGGCGCUGCGAGCCAGCCAACAAAUGCUACGAACACAUUUGACGCUGCAACGCUUCCUUCGUCGACCACAGUGCAAGCCGGGCGAUUUUUGAACGAUUCUCGUCACGUCUCAGAUAACAACUUACAGUCAGCGAGGGUCCCGCCUGCUGUAGAAGGACAGCUUGACUCUAAUGCUGCUGCAAAAUCAGAUGCACUGGCUGCUGCAAAGACUGGUGCUGUAAAGCAAGACGACGCUGUCUCGAUCACAACGGCACCAACUCUACACAGGCAUCCGAGCACAGGCAGCGGAACGAUAACAGACAAAUCAGCCAGCCCCGAAGCCACAACACCGUCAUCUUCUGCAACUAGACUUCCCGAGCAGAGGGCACGUGAUGAGGCGCUUCUUCAGAUCGCACAGCUCAGCGCCUCUACUCAGUCGAGGCAGGACUCCUUGGCUGCCUUGGAACGGCUCCUAGCUAAAACGGGUCGACCAACGUCCUUGUUGCCGCCGAGUACGAUCACGCGAGCAGAACUGGGCGGGCGUUUGCAGUUGACCUCGGACGUGGCUGCCACAGAUUCGCAAAGGAGCACGGAGGGUGGAUUCACGAACAGCAAAGAGCAAUCAUCUACCUCUCCUGUCCCUACGCUGCCAGCGAGCAACCGUCUCUCGCGUCAGGGAGCCAUCGUUCGAGGCCGAGGCCCGCUUCCAUCUCCACCAUCUGCCUUGUCCAGGGGCGCGUCUACCGCCAGUCGUCCAGUAUCGUUUGUCAAUCCGCGAUCCUCAGCUGCACCACUGCCCCGCGGACGCCUUCCGGCCAUUACAGACGCAACCCGUCACUUUCCGCCAUCAUCCAGCACGGGACCCGGCGUGGCUCCCUCCUGGCUGUCGUAUAUUCCUUCCGAAGAGCGGGAGAGGCUGCCAGCGCCGUUGGAACCACAGAGAGCACAUUCCAUGUCCGCAUCCAGAGCACCUCCAGGUAAAGUGUCGGCCAUGAUCUCGCGAUUCGAGGCGGCGCCGACACCUAGUCGGGAUCAGCAGGAUUCGGGUUCGCUCAGCUCACCCACGAAGGAAAGCGGUGGCGUUGCGAGUUCAACUCCAGGAGCAGAUUCCACGCGCAGUAGUGCAACUCAUAGCAUCGAGCCAGGGACAAUCGAGCGCGAAGGGCCGGGCAAGACAGAGCAGAGAUCCGAACCGGCUGUUUUCAGACGCUUCUCACGCACCGAUGGCAACGAAGCGUUUGGGGAGAGGUCUCCUACGCAAAGACGACCACCACCGCCGCCUCCGACGCUACCGGUGAGACGACCCAACACCAAUCCUUUCCGGCCCUCUCAAAGUGCAGAACGCCCAUCCACCAGCACAAGCAGUCUGACGCAGUCGAAUUCGAUGGAAGCAUUGGCCAGACAGAUCGAGGAGGCAGCAUUCGAAUGGACCGAAGCUUCUCUCCAUGAUCACGGAGAUGGGCUGCACAACCGGCAUCAAGCGCCACCUGCGAGCCGACUGACAGUGCCGGUCUCAUCAACCACAGCUUCUUCAAGCGCUUGGCCUCGCUCACCGCGGACGCAGGCAAUGCACACCCUCACUCGACGCGAACACGAUGAUGGUGCAACCACGCCGCCGUCGUUGCCUCCGAAGUCGCCGCUCAUGACGCCCGAGCAAAUCUUGGCCUCCGGGAGUCGAAAUGGCCUGUCUGCAUCCAUUGCUGCCGCGCAAGCCGCGGCAUUUGCUCGGCGUGAUGGGCGUGAGUCUCGUACGCACUCGGCCUCGUCUAGCAUGGAUACAGUCAGUCGUGAGGCGAGCUCGUCGUCGAGACCCAAGUGGACGCAGCGUGUAGAGGAAGAAGGUGACGCUGCAGAUGCGGCAUCGAAGGGCCCGAGACCGUUGCCGACGCUUCCUUCCUCCCUGAGGUCGUACUAUGGAUUAGGAAUCAACGACGAAAGAGGUGAGGGCGAGGCUGCCGGAGCGAGUCGCAGAGAGUUGCCUGUUCCUCCUCCCUUGCCGACGCGGCCUCGCAACAGGGACUGGGACAGUCUGAGCAGCGCGUCAGGGGUCGCACGGAGUCCGGCAGCUUUAGAAGCCUCUUCAGCGAGCAGCAUGACUACAGCGCAGACGUCCAGCGCUGGGCCAGCUCGCUCGAUCUCUACAACCAGCUUCAGUGAGCCAACCGAUCACGUUGUUCGCGACGCGACCUCACCCACAGCUGGAGCAAGCGCUCGGGACCAUCCUUUACCCGAGACUCCUGUCGCAGGCAAUGCCGCGCCACCCGCAGAACCCCUAGCGUCUGCCUCAUCCUCGACAACAAGCACACCAGCUCCACGUCGCGAAGCCUCGCUCGGCGUCACCGACUUUGACCUGCUCGUCGCCCAACUCGAACGGCAGGGCUCGCACUUUGAAUCGCUUUCCGCGAUCGGUGAAUUCCUCGGCCCUGCCAAACCUGCUGCUGCCACAGCCGAGCAACUCGCCUCGCUUUCAGUGGGCUUGAUCGAAUGCGAUUCACGACGCAUGACACGCGAGGGCAAGAUCAAGCAGAAACUCAGCUGCGUCGGCGUGCGCGUCGACAAGUGUGCCAUCUGCUUGGCGCAGUUUAGAGAGGCUCAGCGCGCCGUCAUCUUGCCGUGUGGGCAUAUCUUCCACGAGGAGUGCACGAUCGGGUUGUUGAGGCGCAUCACUACGUGUCCGACCUGUCGUGCGCCUGCUGUUUAG